AUGUCUACGCCGUUGAUUGUGCUCCAAGAGGUGUGCAGAUGGUCGCCGAUAAAGGGGACAACAGACUUCAUGCGCGAGGGUGCUAUGAUUGCCUUUUUAACGAUAGAGGAAUAUGACGAGUUAUCAUACAAGACCAAUUCAAGACACAUUCGGCGACCACGCAAAUUUUCUGCCUUCAAGGUCAACAACUCGCUCCGCCAUGGUGCAAAGAAACGCUGUCUCUUCAAGCCCAAGGCCGUCAAUGCGCAUGGGUUCUGGGAGGUGGCGGCGGUAGAGCGCAAAGAUAGCAACGGUCUGCGUGGGGUGUGGUAA